GUGUUGUUACGUUGCUGAUGAGAUGUGCUGUGCUGUAAAUCAGUAGGAACUGAUCUGUUCAUGCUGGAUAUAUUGAUGAUUUCAUCACAGAAAUCUCUCAGCUGAAGAAAGAGAUGGCGUUACUGGAGACAAAGCUGAGGUCAAGAGGAGAUAUAGCAAUGAAUCGAGAGGAUGUGGAUUGUUGUGAAUCUUCAGUGUAUGUGACUGAUGAUGGGAGUCUGGAUUCAGUGUGGAUGAGCAGAGAUCAGAGCCGCACACCACAGACACUGCAGGCCUCUAAACUCUCUGAAGAGAAAUCCAGACACACACAGGACUCCGAUCUCAGUCUGACUUUACUCUGUUAUACUGAGUCAAAGCUCACAGACACUCAGGACACUACAGUGUGUGACAGUAAACAGAGCUUACAGGAGGAUCAAACCUCCACAGAGUCUCUGGAUUCUGUCUGUAACGCUGGAGAACAGCAGCAGAUCCUGCAGACCAAACUGAAGAUGUGUUCAGUUAAACUCAUCGACUGCACGAAUCUCAUGAUGAAGAUCAAAACUGAACCCACAGAAAUGAAAACUGAACCCACAGAAAUGAAAACUGAACCCACAGAAAUGAAAACUGAACCCACAGAAAUGAAAACUGAACCCACAGAAAUGAAAACUGAACCCACAGAAAUGAAAACUGAACCCACAGAAAUGAAAACUGAACCCACAGAAAUGAAAACUGAACCCACAGAAAUGAAAACUGAACCCACAGAAAUGAAAACUGAACCCACAGAAAUGAAAACUGAACCCACAGAAAUUAAAACUGAACCCACGGAAGAGGAAGAUCGUACUGAGGAAGAUGAUGAUUUUAUUCCAUCAGAUGUGAAGAGUGAUUCAUGUUUGGAUAUAGAAAUAACAUCCUCAACAUCAAAAGAGCGACUGACAGCACAAACUCUUUCCUGCAUCACCUGUGGAAAGACAUUCAGCUCACAGAGACUUUUAGAGAGACAUGAAAGAAAACACACAGAACAGAAACUCUUCACCAGAUCUGAGAUCAGCUUUACUACCUUACAAGAGAAGAAACUUCAUUCAGAAGAACACAGAGAGAAGAAGAAGAAGCAGUUUCACUGUGAGCAGUGUGGGAGGAUUUGUGCCUCUUCCUAUGAUCUAAAGGUUCACAUGAGGAUACACAGUGAUGAAAAGCCUUUCAACUGCACUGAAUGUGGAAAAUGCUUCAGAACCAAACAAAAUCUUAAAGUUCAUCAGAGACUUCAUACUGGAGAAAAACCUUUCAAAUGCUCUCAGUGUGACAAGACUUUUUCUCAGUCAAGUCACUUCAAAGCUCAUCAGAGAGUUCACACUGGAGAGAAACCUUAUCACUGUAGUUUCUGUGGAAAGAGUUUCUCUAUUGUAUCUAAAUUAAAAGCCCAUCAGAGAGUUCAUACUGGAGAGAAACCUUAUGUCUGUAGUUUCUGUGGGAAGAGUUUUCGUGUAAAGGAUACCUUACUAAGUCACAUGAGAAUUCAUACAGACGAAAAAUCUUUCAAAUGUUCUCAUUGUGACAAGAUGUUUGCUUAUUCAGAUGACUUCAAAGUUCAUCAAAGAGUUCACACUGGAGAGAAACCUUAUCACUGUAGUCUCUGUGGGAAGAGUUUUAGUUACUGGAAUUCCUUAUAUAAUCAUAAGAGAGUUCAUACAGGUGAAAAACCUUUCAAAUGCUCUCAGUGUGACAUGGCGUUUACUUGUUCAACUAACUUAAAAACCCAUCAGAGAGUUCAUACUGGAGAGAAACCUUAUCACUGUAGUGUCUGUGGGAACAGUUUUAGUGUAAAGUCUGCCUUAAUAAAGCACCAGAGAGUUCAUACAGGUGAAAAACCUUACAAAUGCUCUCAGUGUGACAAGAUGUUUACUUCUUCGUCUAACUUAAAAUCCCAUCAGACAGUUCAUACAGGUGAAAAACCUUACAAAUGCUCUCAGUGUGACAAGAUGUUCACUUCUUCGUUUAACUUAAAAUCCCAUCAGAGAGUUCAUAGUGGAGAAAAACUUUAAGUCUUUCCCCACCAGCUUUUAAAGUUUCUAGAGACAGCAUUUUUCAUGAUUUUCACAAAAUUUUAAUGUCUUCCUGAAAACGUACAAUAUAUCAAAUGAAAAAAUAGACCGUCUGCUUUCAAACAAAGGCAUUUCAUCCUACCUUCAUUAGUUAUCCUGUAAUCAGAUAACUAAUUAGUUAUCUUCAUUAGUUUCUUGAAAAACACAAAAUGUUGAGCAAAAAGCUGAGAUAAUUGCAUUUUUGUAAAGGACUUUUGAUAGAGAUCCAAUUCAGAGCGAUCCAAAAAAACAUACAAGGACAUACAGCUGUUUGUCCUAGGGCAAUACUUCUGAGUAGUAUAAGUUGUGGAAGAUCACCACCUGUUGGAUAAUAGCAGUAUUGCGGAAAGCCGGAAUUACUCGUCAUUGGCAGGGAAGCGUUUUUUUUCACUACAGCAAUGGCGAACAGACCGUGGAAAACUGGAACGUGAAUAAUAGACUGAGGAGAAGAGCAUCUAAAUCGCUAACAGAGGGGUGUGUGGUGUGCUGCUUUUAUGCUUUUAGGGCCACUUUUAGGCUGUAACUAAACUUAGGGGCUGUUUACACUUGGUAUUAAGAUGUGUUUUCAUCGAUCGGAUCACAAGUGGAUUACAUUUACACCUGGUAUUUAAAUCCGUCUCUUUUGUCCACUUUCGACCGCUUCUUUGCUGAAUACUAUGAGGGGGGUGGUCUGUGUGACGGUUGGCGAGUCUCUCUGCUGUCAUUCAAACCCGAGCGGGAGUAAUUAUGAGUUUAUAUGGACGCAAACUAAUAUUAUGUCGGAGUGCACUGCUUGUUUAGCAAGUAAACAUGCUGCACAGUGUUUUGUACAUGAGUAUGUAAGAGCUUUCUUUGAAUUUUCAGCGCAAUUGAUGAAAUAGAAUCGCGCAACUUUCACACGCUUUCAAAACGAAACUACGGAGAUCAGCCGCUUAGUUUUAUUAAUGAAAGGCUAAAAAUAGCGCUGUUCACCAAAUGUUCACGCCAGAAGUCAAAAAAGACGUAAAACUUGUGUUUAAUACCUCAGAUUAGAUAAAUAGGCGGAGAUAAGGCGGUCGCGUGUGGCUGUUCGAACGCAUUCAACCACAUGUGCGUUCCGCAACUCCAAAGCGAUCCGAUCGAAAGUGGUUUCGACCACCUCUGGAUGUGGUUGAAAGUGGUCGAAAGUGGACGAGCUCAAAACGUUUUGAACACCGUUUACACCUGGCAUUAACGUCGUCCACUUGUGAUCCGAUCGACGAAAACACAUGUUAAUGCCAAGUGUAAACAGCCUCUUAUAUGAAUGCAGGUGAAGGCGGCAAUGUGAUAAACAAACUGGUUGGGUUUAGGGAAAGGGUGGGUUUAGAUGCUCCAACAUAUCUUUAAAACCAUAAUUGUUUAUGAAACCAUUUCUACAUUUAAAAAGGUAGGAAAUAAAAUGCAUCUAAUUUGAUGUAUAAUGCAAAGAACAUUAAAACGUAACCACAGGUCGUAUAAGCUUUGGCCGCUCGAAGGCACUACGUCCCUAUCUGUUGUAUUAUGGUGCAUGCAUAAACGAACUAUUAGGUUAUAAUUUUUAUAUAAUCUCUUUUAUAAACUCUUUUGUUAUGUGUCAAACUCGUUUUUUUAUGUUGUGUGUGCUAUGUGAUUUAAGAAUUGGUUUCACAGUUUUAAUGUCAUGGGACCAUAAUGUCAUUUAUUGUCCAUUAACUUGGCUUGAAUAUGAACACACUGAGAAAGAAAGUGUUCAGACUAUUUAGUAAAUGCUUUGUUCAUUUUUACAAUGA